CCGUCAUCACGUCAGGAGGCAGCCCACUGGUCCUGAAGCUGACGAGGAUGAUGAUGGCGGUGAUGGAGGACCAAGGCUGAGUUCGCUCUUCCAGUUUUCUCUCCCUCUUUUCCAUUAAUUGUUUUUGAUUACAUAAAAAAAGACAACGUAGUGACAUAAAAGCGCCGAUUUGACCUAAUACCUUUCACCACCUCCCUCCCGUCUCCUGAGCCGAGACCGAUAUGGGGAACGAAGCCAGCAUGCAGGGCGGUGGGCAGCCCGGUGAGCCGGGAGCCGCCGGGAUGAUGGGGUCGGUGAUGCCCGGAGUACCCGCAACAGGACCGGAGGUAGGGCAGUACAUGAAGCCGGUCAACGGAGCCGCCGCCGGUGGAGGGAUGGGAGUCGGAGGCCCCGGGAUGGGAAUGACGAGGGGUCCAGUGGGUAGCCCCAAGCCUGGCAUAAAACAAGAAGGCCAUGGAGGAGGAGGAAUAGGAGGAGGUGGAAUGGGAGGAAUGGGCAGAGGAGGCAUGGGAGGACUAGGAGGAGGAGGGAUGGGAGGAGGAAUGGGCAGAGGUGGAAUAGGAACAGGCAUGGGCACUGGUGGAGGAAUAGGGUCCAGAGCUAGUGAGACCUACCGCCUGGCCACGCACGAGAGUCCAACUUCCCCCCGACAUAUGCAAUCAAGCCAAGUGCCCAGCAUGGGGCAGGGCCCAGGUUCUGGCCACGGAAUGGGUCAUGGUACAGCUGGGUCCGGCAUGGGAGGCCAUGGAGGUCAAAGUCCUGGUCAGCACGCCUCCCGUCGAAACGUCCAAGUCGACUUCAGCGGUUCAGGCUGCUCCAGGACAGGCUGGUCUCCCUCGGUGUCUCCUGACCACAGCAUGACGCCCACCUCGCCCUACUCUGUGCCGCAGAUCGCACCAAUGCCGAACAGCAAACUGUGCCCAGUGUGCACCACCACAGAGCUGUCCAACCCACCAGCUGUGCCCAACUACAACACCUGCACCCAGUGUAAGGCCACCGUCUGUAACCAGUGUGGAUUCAACCCCAACCCACACCUCACAGAGAUUACUGCAGGUAAACAUACUGCACGUACACCUUCAGACAGCGCAAGACCAGCCAAGCAUUUGGUGGCGAAAAAAGCGGUGCAGGAGUGGCUGUGUCUGAAUUGUCAGAUGCAGAGAGCUCUUGGCAUUGAUAUGACCACGCCUCGCUCUAAGAGCCAACAGCAGAUUCACUCUCCAUCCCACCAAGCCAAACACAUCGUCCAGCCUCAGCAGCCUGCACCUCAGCCAACACAGUCAGUAGCAGCAGCACAGCCCAAACCUUUGGCACAGAGUCAGCCCACCCUGCAGCAGCAGCUCAAGCAGCCUCAGACUCAGCCCUACAGCCAAACUCAACCCUACUCCCAGUCCCAGCAGUAUCCCCAGUCUCAGCCCCAGUCAUACCCUGUGACCCAGCCAGGGCCCCAGACUCAGCCUCAUACCUCCCCAGGCUUGCAGAGACACCCAGGCCCUGGUGGCCCCCAGACUCAGACAGGGCCCUAUCAGCAGGGCAUGAGGUCCAACCCGUACUCCCAGAGAGGUCCUGGAGAUCCAGGAGCUGUCGGAGGUCUCACAGGAGGCACCAACCAGCCUGGGGGUUCUCGGAUUCCCCACCCUGGUGCUGUGCCCCUCCCUGGCUUGACCAAGGCACCCUCCCAGCCCGAUUUGGGUCGUGGUUCUCCAAUGCACCAGUUUAUAGAGCGGCACCAUGAUCAGACCAGAAGCGCCGGCUCCUCCCCAGCCCACAGGCCACAGAAUCAGGCUCCUCCUCCUUCCCAGGAUGGCCUGACCAAACUGUUUGGUUUCGGGGCAUCGCUGCUCAAUCAGGCUAGUACCCUGAUCAAUGUUGACCCUCUACCCACCGCCUCCACCCAGCCAAGCCCUGCACGAGGCAAGGUGCUGUUCAGUAAUGCAACUCCUGACAACAGGCAGCAACAAGGGGCCCCUGGCACCAAACCAUUUGGAAUGGGUGGCCCACAUGUGCUGAGUCAAAUGGGAGUUCCCCAAACGGGUGGACUGCAUGCACCAACCCAGAAGCAGCAGACCAUGCCCCAUAAACAAGCAAUGCUGCAACAGCAGUCGCCUGCGCAUCAUCAGAAACAACCGCAAGGACAACAUCAGCAAACACCUGGUCAUCUGCAGAAAGCGCCCCAGAAGCAGGAGCCUAUGGUGACUCCUGUGCCUGCCCCAGAGCCUGUGAAGUCUAAAGUGAACUGUCCUCUUUGUAAAACAGAGCUGAACAUCGGCAGCUCUGACCCGCUUAACUACAACACCUGUACGCAGUGUCACAGCCAAGUGUGUAACAUGUGUGGUUUCAACCCCACACCACAUCUGGUGGAGAAAAAGGAGUGGUUAUGUCUCAACUGCCAGACCCAACGGCUGAUGUCCGGAGGUGGUCUGGACAAUCCUCCACUUCCUGUUCCUCAUCUGUCUCCUAAGCACCAGCCAAUGGACUCGCCCCAUCACCAGGCGCCAGCCAGUCAGCAAAGCCCUAUCCACAAACCCACCAAUCAGCAGGGGCCCAGGCCAGUCCAUUCCCAGUUGCAGAAACCCCAUGUGGGAACUGGCGAUAGUGGACCAUUUGUGUCCACUGCUGCCAAACAACCGACCGACACCAAGGCCGCAACACCAGCUACAGCACCAGUACUAACCACAGAGACCCAGAAACAGCCGAAACCCACAGAGGAGAAGUUCAAGAUGGAGCCUGAAGACCAAACUGCCAAAGAGACCAAACCCUCCCAGAAGAAAGGAGAGCAGAUCACACCGAUCAAGGAUAUUAAGAAGUCCAGGCAUUAUGAUGAUACAAAAAACAACAGCACCCAUGACUUGUCACGCAGCCCUCAGAGCCUCAGUGACACCGGCUACUCCUCUGAUGGCAUCUCCAGCUCCCAAGGUGAAAUCACAGGUCUAAUCCAAGAAGAGGAGAUGAAGCUGAGUGAGAGGGGGAUCAGUGUGCGGGGCUCCCCACCAAGCCCUUCUGAAAUCACUAAACUAGAAAGCUCCAUGAGGCCUUUGCUGGAGAAGAGCCUUUCUGAAGAGAAGGUGGACAGAAUUGGGAGGAAGCACAGAGACAGAGAUUUGGAUGACCGAGGAAAGCAGCGUCCACGCUCUCUGUCAAUCCCACCUGAUGCAUAUGACUCUGACGAGGAGCUAGAAGAUAUACUGGAGGAAGAAGAGGAUGGGGGAGACUGGGUGGGUAAACGGAAGGAAGAGAAGGAGGAGAAGAAGGAGAAGAAAAAGAAGGAAAAAGAGGCCGAGCCCACAGAGAUGACAGAUGAGGAGUUUAUGAGGAGACAAAUAAUGGAGAUGAGUGCUGAUGAAGAAAAUGAGGAGGAGGAGGAAGAGGAAGAUGAGGAAGAUGAAGGAUAUGGCUACCAGAAACCCAAGAAAAACCACCAUAAGCACAUCAUCUCUGACUCAGGGAAAGAGAAGAGACGUCUUCAGCACCACUCUAGCAGUUUUGAGGAGGAAACGAAAAGCGCUGCCGAUGUUUAUAAAGGCUCAGUGGAGGAGGGUGAGGAAGAUGUGAUGGCAUCACAAGGAGGAUUGAGGCGCUUCAAAACCAUUGAACUCAAUAACACCAAUAGCUACAGCCGAGACAUGGAGCUGAGCAAUGAAAAUGACUUGAGUCUUGAUCGGGAACCAGAGCUAGAGAUGGAGAGCCUGACAGGAUCUCCUGAGGAGCGUUCUCGGGGUGACUACUCCUCCACUCUGCCAGCAACUUCAUCCUCAUAUGGCUCAGGGCAGUCUCCUACUUCCAUCUCAUCAAUGGAGGAGGACAGUGACAGUAGCCCCAGCAGGAGGCAAAGGUUGGAAGAGGCUAAACAACAGAGGAAAGCACGACACCGCUCCCACGGCCCUCUCCUUCCCACCAUUGAAGACUCUUCAGAAGAGGAUGAGCUGAGAGAGGAAGAGGAACUUCUGAGAGAGCAGGAGAAGAUGAGGGAGGUGGAACAACAGAGAAUAAGGAGCACAGCACGAAAGACCAAGAGGGAUAAGGAGGAGCUGAGGGCUCAGAGGCGCAGAGAGAGGUCCAAGACACCACCUAGCAAUCUCUCACCUAUUGAAGAUGCUUCUCCAACAGAAGAGCUGAGACAAGCUGCAGAAAUGGAAGAGCUCCAUCGUUCUUCUGCUUCUGAAUAUUCCCCUCAGAGUCUGGACUCAGAGGCUGAGGGAUACGAAUCCAAACUUUACAAGUCAGGCAGCGAGUACAACCUGCCUACCUUUAUGUCUCUCUACUCACCAAUAGAGAAAUCAUCAACUACCACAACCACCACAGCACCAUCUUCAACUUCCAAACCACUAAAGAGCGCUGAGGAGGUUUAUGAGGAGAUGAUGAGGAAGGCAGAGAUGCUUCAAAAACAACAGAAACAACAGCAGCAACAUGGAAGACAUGGGCAGUACUAUGAGGAGGACGUUAAUGGACAAGGUUAUGAUGAUGAGUAUGAAUAUGAACGAGAUCAAACAGGAUAUGACAAUGAGGCAGCAGAGUCAGAGACAUCUAUUUAUGAGGAGAUCCGACAAACAUCUCAGAACAUCACCAAGAUGCAACAGGCCACCGAUGAGCAAGUAGAGAUUAAGAUUGAGAGCUCCUACCCAGACAAACAGCUCCUCGACACAGGCCCAGCCUUUGCUAAACUACUGGAACACAGCAAUGCUCUCCUAACUCCAGGGACCAGCCCCACCCAGAUCUCAGCUCCUGUGUCCUUUGCUGAGACUGGAGGACGGAUUCCUGAUGUUCGAGUAACACAGCACUUCUCUGCAAAGGAAGAACACAAAGACAGGAUCAAAAGCCAAGCAGGAAGGAAUGGAAUAACUCCAAUAGUGGCUGCCACCACAAUUGCAGCUUAUGGAGUUUAUACCAGAGAUGCAGUAACUAUUUCUCAGACUAGUUCAAGCCACAGUAUGACGUCUACUCAGUCUGGUAUAUAUGGCAGACACACAGGAAGUCCUGCCACAUCCUCAGCUACAGUCUCAAGUGUAUGCAGCAAGAUUGCAGAGAUUACCCAGGCCUACAGUCAAAGAGAAGUGAUCACCAGAAGGGUAGGGGAGAACAGGGGGGUCCAAGUGCGAGACAGUUCAACAUCUUCUACUGAGAGAAUUAUUGAGCCAUGUUCUCCCAAGUAUACUACUUAUUACAGGAGCACCAGUACUCCUCUUUCUCCAUCCCCACCACCACAGAGUCCCACGCGUUCACCUUCCAGAAGGGCUACAGCUGAGUUCUCUACACAGACUUUGAAUUCAUUGAUACGAAUAGACUCAGCUGGCUCUGGGCCUACAUCUCCAGGGAUGGCUCAGGGAACCCAAACAUCACAUCGAUCAGUUUCUCCACGGCUCUAUCGACAGCAGUCUUCCCAGGAUGCCCCGUACUCCCCACCUCUAAGCCCAGCCAGGCCAAUGACAGUCAACACUGCUACUUCUCCCCUGUCUUCGCCUACACGAUUUAGCCGCCAAUCAACAUUUGACACUUACUCCCCGUGUGCCAGCCCUCCAGACACGCCACCUUACCAACAGUCUCCUACACACAGCUUCUACCGAACACAAAGAGUGGAGAAGAUAAAUGUGGGAACAAGUAUGGUCACCACAGUCAGCACUUACACCAGAGGGUCCAUGUCAAUGGAUAACAUCUCCCUCUGUCGAAUAUCUACAGUCCCAGGUACUUCUAGGGUAGAGCAGGGCAAUAUGAUCCAAGGUGGCAGUGUUGUGGACCUCAGAACGGCCACCAAGCCAGCUCCGAUUAUCAUGACUGACCAGGGAAUGGAUCUCACCUCCUUGGCCACUGAAAGCAGGAAAUAUCAUGGUGGAUCAGAGGGUAGCAGACAUUCAACGAUUGUACAGCCACUGAUUAUGAACCUUAACACCCAGGUGACCACCACACCAACCACUGUCAGUGUCACUGUGGCUGCUUCCAUGUUCAUGACCCAGCCCAAACAGCCAACAGUCUAUGGUGAUCCCCAUCAAAACCGAGUGGAUCUGGGUCACGGCAUGGGUUCGGCCGUGUGUCUUUCCCAGGACAAACCACCAAUUUCACCUCCAACUGACCCAUCAAUACCAAAAAUUGAUGCUAAACUGGAAGACCUCAGUGUCCAACAGAAAGAGCUACAGAAACAACAAGAGAAGCUGCAGAAGCAACAAGAGCUCCUGGAACAGCAGUUGCAGCAGCACCAUCAGAUGCAACAGCAGCAGCAACAAGCAUCUGCUUUGGCCAGGUACAAUCUUACUGGCCAGAUCUCACCUUUACUGAAAAAAGACUUGGUAGUCAGCCAGACUAGCACUGCCUCAGCUGUGGUCAGUGCUGUAUCUCCAGUCAUUAACCCUGAGCUAUAUGGCACUGGUCCCAUUGAGCUGAAAAGGAAGCCUAGUCCUCCUGGUUUGAUGUCAGGAGGUAAAUCACCACAUGACAUGGUAGUGCAGAUGGAUGGAGGGCCAGAACAGGCCAGGGCAGUGACUCAACUGGUGAAGGUAGAAGAAGGACAACAUGCUAUGGAUCUGGCAGGAGGCCAAAUUAAACCUGACAACAUACCAGCUUGCUGUGAUGUUGUUUACCAACUUCCUUUUGGUGGAAGCUGUGUUGGUGGUUCUGAGAAAGAGGGCAUAAGGCCUCCAUCUGCCCCACCUCUCACCUAUGAGUCUGACCACGAAAGACAACCUGGAAGUUACCAUGAGUAUCCAAUGGAUGGACGUAAAGCCUACACAUUGCCUUUCCCUGGUAGGCUACAGCCUUCAAUGUCUGAUACAAACCUAGCCGAAGCUGGGCUACAGUCCUACCAUUCUAAACUAGAACCACACCUCCAAGCCUCAGGAGAAACUGCCAUGGAUCUAACUGCUAUAAAACAGGGCUAUGGAGCGUAUAUGGGGAUGCAGUAUGGCUCCUAUACAGAUUUGCGGCAUGGAGGAGACAUCACAGCCCAAACCUUGCCUAUAAGGAGAUAUAAUUCCUUGUCUAAUAUCAGUUCAGACUAUGGCUACUCUGCCCAUGACAUUGCUAGCUUUCAAGAAGCUAACUUGGCUCAGUACAGUGCUACAACUGCCAGGGAGAUCAGCCGAAUGUGUGCAGCACUCAAUUCCAUGGAUCGGUAUGGAAGCAACCCAGAUUUGAUGCAGUUUAGCAGUUUGGGGAGAGGAACUGGGCCUGUGACCUCCAGACUUGCAGCAGGUCUUGGCAUCAGACAAAACCUCCUCUUUGGACUAGAUGGGAAGCCAAUCUCCCACAGUCAAGCACUAACCAACCUUAUCAGUGCCAGACAAGCCAGUCUUAGAGCCAUGUACCCUGCUGUUAUUAGGUCCUCUGAUGGGAUGAUCUACUCCACUAUUCAGACCCCAAUCGCUUCUACGCUUCCUAUCACAACCCAGCCUGCCUCUGUUCUUCGCCCGCUACUGAGGGGGGUCUACAGGCCAUACCCCUCUGCCAACAUGACACCUGUGCCCCUAUCCAGUCUUAGCAGACUACCAAUGAGCCCCAGAAUGCCCUUAUCUGGACAAGCUCCAGUCCGUUACCCAGCACCAGGUUUCCAAACAAUGUUAACAACUGCCACUACUGUUGCUGUUGCAACAACUUUAGCACCAGUAGGUGCCCCAGUGUCUGUUUCCAUGACAACUACUAGUUCUACAGUCCAGGAUGAACCGGUUUACAUUGUUAAAGGUGCCACAGUGACCUCCCCAUCAGUAGAGGUCACCUCAGUACAAGAAACAGUUGUCAUACCAAUGGAGCCACAGCAGCAGCCAAUAAACCUGUCCCAGGCACACCUGAACAGUCAACAACAGAAACAGGUGACAACUGCUCAGCAGCCACAACAGCCUUCUCCUGCAGGCCCUGUAUACCCACCCUCAGCUCCUUCACACACCCAUGGCUACACCCAACCUUCAGUGGGCCCCUCUGCCCCCACCAGUGGCUUACCCAUUCCAGGGGGUCUUCCUCCCUUCCCCCCACCAGGUGCCAUACACAAGGAGGGUGAAACCGAGGCAGAGAGGCUGCAUUGGCAACAGGAACAGCUCCUGCAGAUGGAGAGGGAGCGCGUGGAGCUGGAGAAACUCCGGCAACUGCGCCUGCAGGAGGAGCUGGAACGGGAAAGGAUAGAGCUGAAGCUGCACAGGGAGAAGGAGCAGAUACUGGUGCAGAGAGAGUUACAGGAGCUGCAAAACAUCAAGGAACAGGUUCUACAGCAGCAGCAACAAGAACGUGAGAAACAACUUGUUCUCCAGAGGGAGCAGCUGGCCCAGCAAAAGUCCCAGCUAGACCAAAUCCAGUCUUUACAGCAGCAGCUGCAGCAGCAGCUUGUAGAGCAGAAGAGACAGAAAGCGGCUGCUGCAGCUCAGAGUAUGCAGCUCGAUGUGAACGGACAGCCCCUGCACCCCUACAUUGACUCUCAGAUGGGCUCCCGUUCCCUCCCCAAUUCCUCAUCAGAGAUGUGUCUGAGGAGCCAGGAGGAGCACACUGAGACCAGGAGCAACAUGAAGAAACACAGCUCCAUGACCAGGCUUAGCAGGGACAGCUUGGAUGGAGAUAACGUGGUGUUUUACGGCUCACCCCGCAGGAUCGUGGACAGUUGUGUACAGACAGAUGAUGAAGAUGGGGAUGAGAGAUACAUGAUGCGUCAUCGCACCAGGAGGCGUGGUCGCAGUGUUGACUGCUCCGUCCAGACAGAUGACGAUGAGGACAAGGCUGAGACAGAGCAGCCGGUCCGCCGAAGACGUGCCCGUCUUUCCCGACACGCUGAGUCCAGUGCUGCUAGCAGCAGCACUGCCACCACAACCAUCGCAGCUAUUGACACUAAAACCGACACUCCCAGGAUGUUAUCCUCCAGUAUCGCCAUCCAGACCAUCAGGGAAAUUUCCUGCCAGACAGAAGUGGAGCACGUAGGAAGAAUCUCCCCAGCAAUCCAUGUGACAGUAUCAGACCCAAAUAAAGUAGAGAUUGUGCACUACAUCUCUGGACCUGAGCGGACCCAAAAAGGACAGUCUCUAGCAUGCCAGACUGACCAAGAAGCCCAGUCGCAGGGUGUUGUAGCUCCCCAGCUCAGUGUACCAACCACAGUCAGUCCAUAUUCUUCCUCUACAAGUACCGGAACACAACAAUCUGGUUCUGCCGACAUUUUGAUCCAGCAGCGCCAGCAGCAGCACAUUACAGCAAACGCAGCCAAGUUUGAGCGACGCCGCCCAGACCCACUUGACAUCAACUACCAGCCUCACAACCACCUCCACAACGAGUCCAUCUCCAGCAUCAUCCGGCAGCAGCAGACAGCCCCCAAAUCACCACAAGUCCUCUACUCUCCUGUCUCCCCAGUGUCCCCUCACCGCCUGCUGGAGACUUCUUUGUCCAGUGAGAGGCUGAACAGGGCCCAUGUCACACCUCAGCAGAAGUCCUACACCGCUGAGUCCCCCCAGCGACACCCCUCUGUCCCCCGACCCAUCAAGAGCACCCAAAGGUCCAUGUCAGACCCCAAGCCCCUCAGCCCAACCACAGACGAGCACACCAAGGCCAGGCUGUCCCUCUAUCAACAACAAGCCCUCCAGAGCCAGCUGGCAGCCCUACAGCAGAGCUCACUGCUCCGUAAGGUCAAGCGAACCCUGCCCAGCCCUCCUCCAGAUGACACUACCACAUCAGCUCACCUGCCCAUGAUGACGCCCACCCUCCAACAGGUCUACCUGCCCUCCGUGCCCAGCCUUAAACCUAGCUCCAGGUCUGGCCUGGCUGCCAAAGCCAGCCUCCUCAAGGACCUCACCCAUGAGCUGAAGGCUGUGGAGCAAGAGUCGACCAAGCUGAGAAAGCAGCAAGCUGAACUGGAGGAGGAAGAGAAAGAGAUUGAUGCUAAACUGAGAUACCUAGAGCUGGGGAUCCACCAAAGGAAAGAGACACUGGUCAAAGAGAGGGAGAGGAGGGAUAUUGCCUACCUGAGGUGUAUGGGGGACACUAGGGACUAUAUGUCUGAUAGUGAGUUGAAUAACCUACGUUUAGCAGCUGCAGCUGCAUCACAUGAGACUAAUGGGCUACUGUCAACAAGGCCAAGCACCGCCCCUCUCAGCCAGUUCACCAGCGAACUCAACACAGCAGCCCAGUACCCACCCACCUCGUCCUUCCUCUCCUGUCAGUACCCCCAGAGCCAACCGGCAGCACCAACUCAGCAAUCAAGUUUGCCGUACCAGUCUUCAACAUUCAGCCAGCCUCCCUAUCCAACAGUGUCUCAGUCCCAGGCACUGCCACAGCCCAUGCCCCUCCAGAGCCAUGUGCCCCCUCCAGGACCAGUCUCUUACCAGUCUCAAACAUCCUACCCUUUCCAGACCUAUCCCCCAACCCAGCCCCCAUACCCCCAGACAGACAUGGGGUUACCUGUUGCACCUCAACCUCAGCCCCAGCCGGGGCAUACAGGUUUCGGGCCUGCACCACCUGGUCAGCCCCCAUACCCCACCCACAGCUCACCCUAUCCCAGUGCUGUGUCCUCCUACCCCAGCCAGACCACCCAGUACCUUGGGCAGUCCCAAGCUGAUAUCCUGACAGUCCACCCAGGAAGACCAAGGCAGACUUCGUUAGCCGAUCUUGAGCAAAAGAUGCCCACCAACUACGAGACAAUUAGUAACCCCACAGUCAUGGUCACCACCACAGCCCAGGACACUACCUAUUCCAAUGCAGCCCCCUCUUAUGGUCAGUACACUGGAUUGACAACCAUGGCUAGCUCCUAUGGGCCCUAUGGCUCAGCAUCAGUGUCCAGCAGCUACGGUGGGUACUCUACCAUGCCACCAAGCACUUAUGGCCAGUAUACUUCAACCUCAGCUAAUUCAUAUGGCCAGUACACCACAACAACUGCUAAUACUUAUGGCUACACCACCACCACAGCCAGUUCUUAUGGACAGUACACUUCUACAGUUUCCAAUGCCUAUGGGCACUCUGUAGACAGUCCCUCCACCUACAGCACUGCAGAUGGGAUGUACGGGCCUCCUGGCUUAGAGCAAAACAGCCCAAGGAACUACAUGAUGAUUGAUGACGUAAGUGAGCUGACGUCAAAAGACGGGCUGGGCACGACGACAGGGGACAUGAUGCAUCAUGGCGGCAGUGGGCGUUACCUGGGUGACAUCCACGGCCACAGCAGCACCAUUGGCAGCACGACACGUGGGGGAAGUGGCAGCUCCUCAUACGGCAGGGCAACUGAAGAGGAAGCAGCGAUGCAGGAAGAGCUGUACGACCACCACGGCAGGGGUAAGAGCAGCUACAGGCACGGACCUCUAGGGGGCAGCAGCAGCAGCGUGAGCGCUAGCAUGGGUGGGGGAUCCCCCUAUUACUAUGACUACGACUACAAACAUGGCAGAAUCCGCUCCGGGGUACAGAAACCUUUGUCCUCCAGAAGCCUUCUGGCUCCUGCUGUAAUGUCCUCCAAGCGCAGCAAGCACAGGAAACUGGGGAGUAUGGAGCAAAAAAUUUCCAAGUUUUCCCCCAUUGAGGAAGCUCGGGAUGUGGAGGCAGACUUGGCCUCCUAUUCCUCAGCAACGGGUGGGGCUAACCCCUCCACUCAUAUUCGAGGGCGCCAGCUGAUCGAGGAUUACGGCUUCAAGAGGAGUGCUUACAGUGGCACCACUCAAGGUAGUCGAUAUGGUUCAAUGGUGGAGGAGGACGAUCGGAUUUACUACACCUCCACCGGCCGCUCCCGUUCCACCGGCUACGGCAUGGACAAGAUCUCAGCCAGGGACUACCCUGGGUAUCGCAGCCGAUCCUAUGAGAGGGACGACCGCUCCUACCGACCUGGCUACAGCCGGGGGCGCCACCCAACCCGGCAGUGCUCUGAAGAGGAGAGCCCACUCAGUCCCCUGGGGAGGUUCAUGGGUUCUGGGCGAUCAUCAAGCUUAGGUCCUGACCCGUACGACAGUCGCAGCAGUAGAUAUCAUUACUAUUAUGGCCAUUAUGGUUCCAGCCACUCGCUGCCAGAUGUACAAGACAACAUACGGGACCUUCCCCGGACGCAUGUCUACAAAUCGGAUGAUACAUACAUUAUAGACGAUUAUCAUUGCGCUGUGUCAGACAGCGAAGCCUACCAUCUGGGCCAAGAAGAAACUGACUGGUUUGAGAAGCCACGCCCCAGUUCUCGACACUACGGCAGCAGCCACUCGUCUGGGAGGAGUCGGCAUGGUGUCAAACACACCUACCAUGAUUAUGAUGAGCCUCCUGAGGAGGACCUCUGGCCCCAGGAUGAGUACAGCCAUGGAGGGCGACACUCUUCAUCCCGUGACCACCGGCACCAUGGCAGCUCUAGUCGACAUCCGUCAUCGUCACGUCAUUCAGAUGAGCCGAGGUCCUCAAGGUCAUCUAAGGGGCACCCCAAAGACCCUUCAAUGCGCCACGACCCUUCAGGACGAUCCUCAUCUUCAGGAAGGCGUGGCGAAUCAAGGUCCGGAGGGUACCACUCUUCGGACUACUCCCGGGAUCCGUCUGGGCACCACCAUGGCCAGCGCUCCUCCAGACAGGGGGACCAACAACGUUCCUCACGCAGCAAGUCCCAGCAGCCAGUGGACAUGCAGGGCCAACCACCAGGCUCCUCCAGGUCUGGCAGCACCUCUACACGGGCUCAGGGCCCUGCUGGUGGGCCUACGGGAUCAAUGCGUCAGAGUGGUCUAAGUUCCCAGACAGACGGGGCUACAGGACAAAGGACCCAGCUCCAACAACAAGCCCAGACAUCAGUGGCCAGGCCAGGGCAGCCUGGUGCCGCAUCGACCACUGGCCCUCAGCAGCAGCCCCCAGCCCAGGGACAAGGCGUGGGCAUGGGGCAAGGCCAGGCCAAGCCAGGGCAGAUAGGACCAGCAGGUGGACCCAUGGGGCAGGCCAGACAGACAGGUCCGGCAGGAACCACGCCAGUCACCAUGGCCAAGAUUGACACACCUCCGGUAACAGCUAUUGGAGCAAAGGCAGUGCCUGUCAUGGCCACAAAAGCUGCCCAGCCCCCACUCACAGGCAUAGGCUCCAAGGCAGCUCCUAGGCCAGGAGGGAUUGGCAGUGCAGCAGUAGGUCAGCCUGGCAUGGAGGGAGACAGCAUGUUGUCCAAGAUCCUGCCUGGAGGAGCCGCUGAGCAGGCCGGCAAACUGGGAGAAGAUGUAUCUCCAAUGCUGUGGAGAUAGGUCGGGUCUGAGCUACACACACAUGCAAAGCAGAGAGCAGCGGACAGGAUGAAGCUGGCUCCUUCCCGCAGGAUUGUGCGGAGCUAUCUCCGGCUUUGGCAAGAAGUUCACCUCUUUCUUCUGAAGUGCUAAGAUUAAGGACUAUGUAAAUGUCAAAUGAAAAAGUCACGAGGCCUCGUACCAGAAAAACCUGUGAAGUUCCCGCAGCUAUUGUUUUACUAAAAGAGAGAGAGGAGAGAGAGGGGAAGAGUGAGGAGAGCUGAACAUACUGCCAACAAGGACUGGAAUCCUCUGGAUACUUCAUGUCUCAGACCUGAAGACACACUGGCACACAGAGAGAACAUGCUGCUCUCUCGGCAGGCCAGAGAAUCAUCCCAAGCUAACUUCCAUCUUCAGAAGGACUAUCCUCCAUCCAGCGUUCCAGAGCCCUACAACAAACCUGUCCCAGUUAGACACAUCUCUGCCCUUUCAUUACAAAAGAGCAGCUGGCAAAAUUGCUGCUCUUCCUCCAUGCCAGUAGAGGGUGCACUACUUACAUUGAAGACAGGUAGAACCAAUGGAAGCCAUGUACCACCUCAGCCCUUGUGGGGUUCAACACUGCAGCUUCAAUGGGAGGAAAUAAAAGGGCGGUGCAAUUCUACUCCUAUAUGCUGGUGACUUUACUGUUUAUAUGAGAGCUGCUUUUAAAUGGUAGCUUUGUCAUAGGCAUGUUGUUAUGCUAGGAUCCUUGGUUUCACAGUCCUGUGCUCAAACUAAGAGUAACAGCAACAUACCAGCCUCUCUCCUCUUUUCUAUCUCUUCCCAAAGUAAAAAAAAAAGUAGGGAGUAUGGAAUAAAACUUGCUGAAGUACUUCAGGUUUUUCUGGUACUAAAGACCUCUUGUUACAUCACCUGUCAGGAAGGAAAUUAAUGGAAAUGUCACAUUGAAUGAAUAAGACAACGAUAACGACGUAGCUGCCACAAGUGGGUCGGCAUGAGUUUCUUUCUGCGGUUUGCUCUGUUUCUAUCUACAUUCCAGAUUGGAACUGUUGUUACCCCUAUUCCUCACCUCUCUGCGUUUCUUGAAUGCUGAUUCUUCUUUCUUUCUAAUCCCCACCCAAUGAUCCUCAAUUUGCCAUGUCUUUAGAAGUGUAUAGUGGAUUAAAAAAUAUGUAGGAAUUUGGAAUGCAUGGAACUUUAUAUCCAAGACCUUACACUGUUCAUCAUUACUAGAGGCCAUAAAGACACUGGGAAACACAUCUUAGCUAGACGACGUAAACAAUAACAAAGAAGAGAGCUUUCCGGAGCAACACACAGGAAUCCAGUCACGUGAAUAAGAGGAGCCUUCUGUUUUUUUAAGAAAAAAAAUUGAUUGAUAUUUGGUGUGAAGCCGUAUGUGGUCGGAUUGUUUUUUAACCAUGACAAAGCCAUUAAGACAACAUUUACCUGCAGUGCUUGUGGUGAUGGGGUUUCUCCAGCUGCUCCACAACGUUUGGCUAUCUCAUGUUGUAGGUGGUUUCACUUCUUGUGUUCUUUUCAUUUUUUUCUAAUUUAGGUUUGUUAUUUGCCGGGUUUUUAUGUUGCAGGUUACCAAUAUCGCCUUAAUCAUUUUAAAAUAUUUUAUUUUGAAGUAAAAGUGGCAUAUUUUUUAGUACCCCCUGUGAACACAUUUUCAUCAUACCCUUUUUUAUGUAGUAAUAUCAGCUGGAACACUGGCCACAGUGAGAUUAAUUUAUAUUUUUUAAAUUAACUUUGUUUUUGAUAAUUGUUUGUGAUAUUAUUUUGUGUUUUUGAUUUUGUUUUUGAUUGUUCUUUAUUUAUUAUCAAUACUUAAAAAAGCAAUAGAGUAAGAACUAAGAAAGUAUAGAGUAAGAACUAAGCGAGUAAGAAAAAGUAAAGAGCACAAUCUUGUGUCAUUUUAAAAGUUGGUGGAAUAGAAAUGUGUUGCGUCCAUUUGUCUAACUUAGCACGCUCAAGUCUGACUUAAACAAAACGUAUUUCAAUAUUGCACACUGCUAUUAAUACAUCAGAGAGCAGGAGCUCACCAAUAAACAUGAGUUUGGUACCACCCAGAUCUUCUCCUCUAACCAAUAGUGAGACAUCAUGUCUUCAACCAGCCAUUCACUGGAUCGGAGUAAUAUGCUGCCUGUAUUAGCCAGCUGGAGUCUGAUCUAAAAGCACUGCAGGGCAGCAGAGAGGCACUGAAAAGCAGGGCAGCAGAGAGGCACUGAAAAGCAGACCAGUCUCAUAUUGUGGCAGAACUGGACUUGACUUCGUCACCUGCUGGGUUUGAGUUUCUAUGUGAUUCUUCUGACCCUCCAAGAUGGACGUUUAUUAGGAGUCUGCAAAAAGCCAGCACACAUUGGUGUGUAUCAGCAUGUGUUUUCACUCUAUCAAAUGUGCACAGCGCACGUGAAAGCACAGUAAAAAAUUGUGUCAAAAAAGAAAAAAAAAUCAGAACUCAUGUGACUGAGGAACCAAAAAUAACACACUUGGUUGUGUCACAAAGUCACCUUUUUUUAGCUUUUCAUUUUCGCGUCCAGACUGGUAACCCAACCCCCGAAAAUCUCUCUCAGACUGUCAGUUGUCAUGGAAACUUCUCAGGUCAGUGUUCUCCCUGCUGUUGCUCCUGUAGUGCAUUGUGGGAUCUGCGGUUCAGUACUCAAAACGUACUCUGUCAGGCCAAACAUUGCGAGGCCUUCAGCAAAACCAACGAACCAACCAACUUCUGCUGUAUAUUGUCUGUGUGAACGCACGCUGGGAACCUUUGCAUGCCGCCCGGCACAGAAAACCUCAGUCACCUCUAUAUUGUUCUGUUCCUAAUCUUUGUAUGUAUGUGUGUGGGGGUCUGUAUGCGUGUAUUUAAUGACCAUCAUCCAAUGUGAAAAAAAAAUGAAAACAAGACAAACACGACACAACACAUAUUGUGGGCAGAAGAGGCAACCUCUCAUCUCCAGUCCUUCUAUGCAAUUAAUCAUAUUUGGAAAAACAGAAACAUGAGGAGGAAAAUGGAAGCGAACCCACAAAUGGGAAAAGUCAUGAAAUCAUUGUUUAUCACACCUAAUUUAUUCUAAUAUCAAGAUUGCUUUGUUUUGGCGUUCCUCAUAGAUCAAAUUAAGGAAAUUCUGUGAAUUUGUUUGUACAUGAUAUUAGUCACCGUUAAGUUAGGAAAUUAUAAAAAGGGUCUUUAUAUUACUUGUAUUAACCUGACCUGUACAGGGUUCUCUCUCCUCCCCAACUGCAGUCUCUGCUAAAGGGUCUCUCUCUAAAGAUGUGUUCAUGACAGCUGGGAAAUGGCAGUCAGAGCUGAGAGGAUGAGUAAGGAGAUGCGUCUGCCACAGAUGCACCACUUCAAUUAAAAUGUUUCAUGACAAAGAAAUUCUUCAAGUACAAAUACUUUUACUAUACUACUUACAUUUGCCAUAAAAAUUAAAUUCUACACCCUAGCAAGAAAAUGAUUGUUUUUAGUCAAGCAGUAAUUCCUAUUGAGAAUAGUCUGUUUUAAAGGAAACCAUCAAUUUUAUUUAUAUAGCGCCAAUUCAUAACCAAAGUUAUCUUAUUGCACUUUUCCUAUAAAGCAGAUCUAGACCGUACUGUUCAUAACACCAAUUUUUGUUCAGUAUUUCCCAGAAAAAAACAAGGAAAUAAAAUGCAUAUUAAGUUCUGCGCUGCUGCAAUAGCAGCUUCUUUAAGGUUAAUAGAAGAAAUGAGCAGGUAGCGGAAGCACCGAAAGAUCACAGUUGUCAUGAACGCAUCCAAACAGCUGUCCAGAGAUUUAUAUAGAGAAAAAUUAUAUAUCAUUAUAAAUUUUGAAUAUAUACAGUGUGUGUGUGUGUGUAUAUGUAUAUAUAACACAGCAGCGGCGGAUGGCCGCACACCAUUGAGUCUGGUUCUGUCCAAGGUUUCUGCAUGU